AUGAAUUUACAAAAUGAAAAAAAGAGAAAAGGUGGAGCUGCUCGUUUACGUGACAAAAACAAAAAAAAAUUGAUUGAAACAUCAUCGAAAUGUUAUAAUAUAGAGCAAAUGUUUACAAAAAAAACGCAGUCAACAAUUACAAUUGCCAACAUUCCUGUUAUAUUACCGACACCAAAUAAUACAGUUUUAGAACCAAAUAAUGAGACUUGUAGUAAUGCAUUUGAAACUAGUAUAAGUAAAGACAAUAAUCUAGAUGAAUAUAGAAAUGAAUCUAAUAUUGAAGAUAAAGAUAUUAUAGAGAAGGUAAUUGAUAUUUCUCUGAAUAAAAAUCAUACUCCGCAGCAACCUAUGUUAAAUUUGUUUCCAAGAAAUCCAGAUAAUAGAUCUUUUAAUGCAAAUUACUAUAAAUUAUAUAACUGGAUUGAAUAUUCUGUGUUAAAUGAUGCAGUGUAUUGUUUUGCAUGUAGACAUUUUUCAACAAAUAAAUGUAUUCGUGGCCAAUAUAGUGGUAACUAUGUAUUCAUCAAUCGAGGAUUUAAUGGUUGGAAAAAACAAUCUGUGUGUUUGAAGAUUCAUAAUGAAAGUGAUAGACACAAGUCCAGCAUUGAAAAAUGGACACUUUAUUUGAGUACUAAACAAAAUGAUAGCUGUAUUGCUAAUUUAUUAACUCACUCAAGACUACAAAAUAUUAAAGAAAACCGUAAUCAUGUUUUUUUCUUAUUAAAAGCUACUCUGUAUCUUGCAAAGCAAGGACUUGCAUUCCGUGGCCAUAAUGAAGAAAGAGAGUCCUUAAACAGAGGUAAUUUCAUUGAACUAUUAGAGACAUUUGGAGACAAGAACACAAUAUUAAAAAUGCAAUCAAGGUACGGUCAUUAUACAUCCCACGAAUACCAAAAUGAUUUAAUAAGUGUUAUUGCUUCAUCUACAAAAAAUAUAAUUUUAAAUAACAUGUCUGAGUUUUCUGCAUUUAGUAUCUUAGUUGAUGAAACAAAAGAUGCGAGUAAAAAAGAGCAACUGAGUUUCUUGAUCAGAUUUAUUGAUAAAAACUAUAAUAUUCAAGAAAAAGCUCUUGGCUGCUAUCAUAUGGAAAAAUGUGACGCAGAUUCAUUAAGUAAAGCUAUAUUAAAAAUUGUUUCGGAAAAUAAAUUAGACAUAAAUAGAUGUGUAGCCCAGUGCUACGAUGGUGCAUCAGUGAUGAGUGGAUCUUUUACAGGUGUACAAAAGAGAAUAGCAGACAUUGUUCCACAAGCUAUAUUUAUACAUUGUUAUGCACAUCGGCUUAACCUAUGUUUGUUAAAUUCAAUUCAAGACAUAAGAUCUGUGGUAAACUUUUUUGAUACUAUUCAAGGUAUUUAUACAUAUUUAAUGAAUAGCCAAACCAGAUAUGAGUUGUUUACUAAAAUUCAAAAGGAUAAAAAAAUCAAGGUAUUACAUUUGGAAAGAUUAGUAGAAACCAGAUGGUCUUAUUGGUAUACCUCGCUAAAAAAAAUAAAACAGAGAUACUCAGAAAUUAAAGAAGUUUUGACUAUUUUAACUUUGCAAGGAGAUCAAACAGCUAGAGCCUGUGGAUUACUCGAGGAAAUUUCUACUUUUCAAUUUAUAAUGAUAUUGAAUAUUAUGAAAAAAAUUCUCAAAUGCGUUAACUGUUUGUCAUGUGAAUUACAAUCUACUUCAAUUUUUUUACCUGAUGCUAUGCAUUUAGUCAAAUCAACUAAAAAAGAUCUACAGGGUUUCCGUAAUGAAGAAACAUUCCUUCGAAUUCAUGAUAAGUCAAAAUUAUUUGCUAAAAAAAAUGGAUUAGCUAAUGAUGAAGUAAGAAACACAAGAUUAAAAAGAAAUUGUACAUUGAAUAAAAAUUUAGAUGACUACUUAGUGGAUUCUACAUUGGGAAAAACUCAAAACAUAAAUACUACACAAAAUGUAAAAAGCGAAGUUUUCUAUGCUAUUAUUGACAGGUUUCUGACACAGAUAGACUUACGUUUUUCUGAAAAAAACCAAGAUCUGUUCAACAUAUUCCAGAUAUUUGAUUAUAAUAAUAAUAACUAUUUCAAUUCAGAAUAUUUAAAUUCAAUUAUUGAUACACUCAAAAAACUACCAGCAGCAUUUUCAGAAACUUUGAAGAUACUUCAAAUUAUAAACACUCUUCCAGUGAGUACUGCAUCAAAUGAAAGAUUUUUUUCUUCACUCAAAAGAGUGAAAUCUUAUCUUAGAUCUUCAAUGGGUGACAAACGAUUAAGCGAUUUAAUGGUCAUAGCGGUAGAAAAAGAAGAUGCUAACAAAAUAGAUUUAGACAAAGAGGUAGAUGUAUUUUCUAAACUAAAAACUAGAAGGUAUAAGCUAGAAUAG